GCUACUUCAUCCACGACACCCUUGACAUUAUCUUCAACCAUCAGUCCCGUUCGUCUUGGGAGUACCUGGUGCACCAUGCCAUGGCCAUCUCUGCCUUCGUCUCGCUCAUCAUCACAGGCCGCUUCCUGGUGGCAGCGAUGCUGCUGCUGCUGGUGGAGGUGAGCAACAUCUUCCUCACCAUCCGCAUGCUGCUGAAGAUGAGCAAUGUGCCUUCCCCAGCGCUCUACGAGGCCAACAAGUACAUCAACCUGGUGAUGUACUUCGCCUUCCGCCUGGCACCCCAGGCUUACCUCACCUGGUAUUUCCUCCGCUACGUGGAGGUGCAAGGCCAGGGUGCCUUCCUCACUGCCAACCUCCUGCUGCUCGAUGCCAUGAUCCUCAUGUACUUCUCCCGCCUCCUCCGCUCCGAUUUUUUCCCCUCCCUGCGCAAGGGUUCUGCGGGGAGAGAUGUGGAUGGUGAGAAGUUUCUGAUAGACUGAGAUGCGUGUGCCGAGAGGAACCCAGACCCCAGCUCCUGGAGGUCUUGGGCUCUCCAAACCUGCUCUGAUGUGCCUUAGGGCUUGCUCCCUGGCCCCAGGCCCUGCCUUCACCUGCUCUGCUGCCUAAAAGCACUUCCCUGCUGGACCAGCCCGACAGCCUCGCCAAGCCGCGGGGACACCGCCAAAGCCAGGGGCAUGGCCGAUGGAGAAGCAGCCCAAGCCAGCUUCCACAUGGGCAGCUGGAGGGCCAGGGGUGGCUGCACUUCGCAGCUGAUGGCCUGAGAGGGUUGUGAGUGAGGGGAUGAGUCCCUCCCGUGGUGAUGUUGGGUGUUACGUGCAUUAAAAUCGGUCUGUUCACUGCUGCCGCA